AUGGCGGACAAAACGCCAGGCGGCUCUCAGAAGGCCAGUUCAAAGAUAAGAUCAUCAGAUGUUCAUUCAUCUGGAUCUUCAGAUGCACAUAUGGAUGCAUCUGGAUCCUCAGAAAGUGAUAUGCCAAGUCGGACACGACCUAAGAGCCCAAGAAAACAUAAUUAUAGGAAUGAAAGUGCCCGUGAAAGCCUUUGUGAUUCUCCUCACCAGAAUACUUCAAGACCUCUUCUAGAAAACAAACUUAAAGCAUUCAGUAUUGGAAAAAUGAGUACAGCUAAGCGAACUCUAAGUAAGAAGGAGCAAGAAGAAUUGAAGAAAAAGGAGGAUGAAAAGGCUGCUGCUGAGAUUUAUGAGGAAUUUCUUGCUGCUUUUGAAGGAAGUGAUGGUAAUAAAGUGAAGACAUUUGUGCGUGGAGGUGUUGUUAAUGCAGCUAAAGAAGAACAUGAAACAGAUGAAAAAAGAGGCAAAAUCUAUAAGCCAUCUUCAAGAUUUGCGGAUCAAAAAAACCCUCCAAAUCAAUCAUCCACUGAAAGACCACCAUCUCUUCUUGUGAUAGAAACCAAAAAACCUCCACUGAAGAAAGGGGAGAAAGAAAAGAAAAAAAGCAAUUUGGAACUCUUCAAAGAAGAAUUGAAACAAAUUCAAGAAGAGCGUGAUGAGAGACAUAAAACAAAAGGCAGGUUAAGUCGAUUUGAGCCUCCUCAGUCAGAUUCUGAUGGUCAGCGGCGUUCCAUGGAUGCGCCUUCAAGAAGAAAUAGAUCAUCUGUUCUCGAUGAUUAUGCACCUGGGUCACAUGAUGUGGGAGAUCCAAGCACUACUAAUUUAUACCUUGGGAAUAUUAAUCCACAGAUGAAUGAAGAAAUGCUGUGCCAAGAAUUUGGAAGAUUUGGACCAUUAGCCAGUGUGAAAAUUAUGUGGCCUAGAACUGAUGAAGAAAGAGCAAGGGAGAGAAAUUGUGGCUUUGUGGCCUUUAUGAAUAGAAGAGAUGCUGAAAGAGCUUUAAAAAAUUUAAAUGGAAAGAUGAUUAUGUCUUUUGAAAUGAAGUUAGGUUGGGGUAAAGCUGUGCCUAUUCCUCCACAUCCAAUAUACAUUCCGCCUUCUAUGAUGGAACAUACGCUUCCCCCACCUCCAUCAGGACUGCCAUUUAAUGCGCAGCCUAGAGAGCGGUUAAAAAACCCCAAUGCUCCCAUGUUACCACCACCUAAAAACAAGGAGGAUUUUGAGAAGACUCUGUCGCAAGCCAUAGUCAAAGUGGUUAUCCCAACAGAAAGGAAUUUGCUCGCCUUGAUACAUCGAAUGAUAGAGUUUGUUGUACGUGAAGGGCCAAUGUUUGAAGCUAUGAUUAUGAACAGAGAAAUCAACAAUCCCAUGUUCAGAUUCUUAUUUGAAAACCAGACACCAGCCCAUGUUUACUAUCGGUGGAAGCUUUAUUCUAUUCUUCAGGCAAAUUCUCCAACUAAGUGGCGGACGGAAGAUUUUCGUAUGUUCAAAAAUGGAUCUUUUUGGAGGCCACCACCAUUAAAUCCAUACCUGCAUGGGAUGUCAGAAGAGCAAGAAACAGAAGCUUUUGUAGAGGAGCCUAAUAAAAAGGGAGCACUUAAAGAAGAACAGAGGGACAAAUUAGAAGAAAUCCUGCGGGGGUUAACUCCAAGGAAAAAUGAUAUUGGAGAUGCAAUGGUUUUCUGUCUAAAUAAUGCUGAAGCUGCUGAAGAAAUAGUGGAUUGCAUUACUGAGUCAUUGUCGAUUCUAAAGACACCCCUUCCCAAAAAAAUUGCCAGGUUAUAUUUGGUUUCUGAUGUUUUGUACAACUCUUCAGCAAAAGUUUCCAAUGCUUCAUAUUAUAGGAAAUUUUUUGAAACAAAGUUAUGUCAGAUAUUUUCAGACCUCAAUGCUACCUAUCGUACAAUUCAAGGCCAUUUACAGUCUGAAAAUUUUAAGCAACGGGUAAUGACCUGCUUCAGAGCAUGGGAAGAUUGGGCAAUUUAUCCAGAACCAUUUUUGAUCAAAUUACAAAAUAUUUUCUUAGGACUUGUAAAUAUUAUUGAAGAAAAGGAAACAGAGGAUGUACCAGAUGACCUUGAUGGUGCUCCUAUUGAAGAAGAACUUGAUGGUGCACCUUUGGAAGAUGUGGAUGGAAUUCCUAUUGAUGCUACUCCCAUUGAUGAUCUUGAUGGAGUCCCUAUAAAAAGUUUUGAUGAUGAUCUUGAUGGAGUGCCUUUGGAUGCCACUGAAGACUCAAAGAAGAAUGAGCCUAUAUUUAAAGUUGCUCCAUCUAAAUGGGAAGCUGUAGAUGAAUCUGAAUUGGAAGCACAGGCUGUAACAACUUCUAAAUGGGAGUUAUUUGACCAGCAUGAAGAAUCAGAAGAAGAAGGAAAUCAAAAUCAAGAAGAAGACAGUGAAGAUGAAGAAGAUACUCAAAGUUCCAAAUCUGAAGAACAUCAUUUAUAUUCUAAUCCAAUCAAAGAAGAAAUGACCGAGUCCAAGUUCUCUAAGUACUCUGAAAUGAGUGAGGAAAAACGAGCCAAACUUCGUGAAAUCGAGCUCAAAGUUAUGAAGUUUCAGGAUGAAUUGGAAUCUGGAAAAAGACCUAAAAAACCAGGCCAGAGCUUUCAGGAGCAAGUAGAACACUACAGAGAUAAACUACUUCAACGAGAGAAAGAGAAAGAAUUAGAAAGAGAACGAGAAAGAGAUAAGAAAGAUAAAGAAAAAUUGGAAUCUCGGUCCAAAGACAAGAAGGAAAAAGAUGAGUGUACUCCAACAAGGAAAGAAAGGAAAAGGCGACACAGUAUGUCCCCUAGCCCAUCUCGCAGUAGCAGUGGUAGACGAGUGAAGUCCCCAUCACCAAAGUCGGAACGAUCAGAGCGAUCAGAAAGAUCUCAUAAAGAGAGUUCGCGGUCCAGAUCAUCUCACAAAGAUUCUCCUCGAGAUGUUAGCAAAAAGGCCAAAAGAUCACCAUCUGGUUCAAGAACACCUAAAAGGUCUAGGCGAUCACGGUCUAGAUCCCCUAAAAAAUCAGGGAAGAAAUCCAGAUCCCAGUCUCGAUCUCCACACAGGUCUCAUAAAAAGUCAAAGAAAAACAAACAUUGA